GAAGUGACGUCAAUUACGGAAGGAAGCUCAUCCUUUCUUCAGAGCAGGCGAGUUGUUAGUUGUCCGUGAUGACUACAGCUGCAAGACCAACAUUUGAACCGGCCAGAGGAGGUCGGGGAAAAGGAGAAGGUGAUUUGAGUGCACUAUCAAAGCAAUAUUCAAGUCGAGAUCUUCCAGGUCACACAAAGAUCAAGUACAGGCAGCCUACUCAGGAUGCCCCGGAGGAAGUGCGUGCCCGUGAUUUCCGCAGGGAGCUGGAGGAGAGGGAACGUGUAGCUGUGCGUGAGAAGACCAGAGAGAGGGGACCAAGAGAGCACACCACAUCCUCUUCUUCAUCCUCCUCUUCAUCCUCAAAGAGACCCAGACUGGAUCAAAUUCCAGCUGCCAACCUUGAUGCUGAUGAUCCCCUUACUGAGGAUGAUGAGGAUGACAAUUCCGAGGACGAUAGCGAUGAUGAUGACACCGCAGCCCUUCUGGCAGAACUGGAGAAGAUUAAGAAAGAGCGAGCUGAAGAACAAGAACGCAGGGACCGGGAGCAAAAAGCAGAGGAGGAGAGGAUCCGAAUGGAGAAUAUAUUGAGUGGCAAUCCAUUGAUUAAUUUGGCAGGACAGCAGCAGCAGCAACAGCAGCAGCAACAAAUGGCUCAGAACCAGAGCGCAUUCAAGGUCAAGAGAAGGUGGGAUGAUGAUGUGGUAUUUAAGAACUGCGCAAAAGGAUUGGACAAAGCACGCAAGGAGAAACGCUUCAUCAAUGAUACUCUGCGCUCUGAGUUUCACAAGAAGUUUAUGGAAAAAUAUGUUAAGUAAAAAACUGUCGUAUUUGUGUGAUUUCUUCUCAUUUUUAGUUGCCCUCUGUUGUAAGAAUGAUCUGUUGUUAUUGAAUUACAUUUCCAUACAUUUAAACAGCAUCUUGAAUCUUGUAUAUAAAUGUGACAACCAUACUUUAAAUAAAGAUCAUACAACAUUCAA